AUGUCUACUUCAACGGCUACACCAGCGCCUCCGACUACCGGCGUACGGAAAAAUGGUAAAAACUGGCAUGGCACCAAGAAGGCUUUCCGCCCGACUGCGGGUUUGACCUCAUACGCUAAGCGUCAGGAGCUCAAGAAGCACAGCGACGCUGUCAAGGAACUUGAACGUGAAAUGAAGGAAGAAGCCGAAGCUGAGCGGAAGGCCCGUAUCCAGCGCAUCAAGGACCGCCGAGAAGCCAAGGAGGAGAAGCUACGUUAUGAGAAGAUGGCCGAAAAGAUGCACCACAAGAGACUCGACCGUCUCAAGCGCAGAGAGAAGCGCAACAAGCUGCUCAGCUCUUGA